AUGAACUUCCUCCUCCCAACCCUCACCCUCAUCACCCUCGCCUACGCCCUGCCAGCAGCAGAGCCACGCCACACCAGGGAUCUAAGCAGCAACCAGGGAGCAGCAGGUCCCCGCCUCUUGAAGGCUCUUGCCCGGCGAAGUCCCGAUGACUUCGGGUGGUGCGUUGUAUGCGGGCUGCAGUUUGUGAUUCCGGGCGGGGCUUGUGACGAAUGUCCUGUCUGA